AUGACGACGACAGCGACCGACACUCUCGACUCUGCAAUCCGCGUACAAGUAACCCCAUCUCAGGCGUCCUACUUCGCGGGCGAGCCGUUCACGGUGACGAUUACAUUCACGAACACGCGCACGCCAGAGUCGCCCAGGGCGAGAAGUAGCAGUAGUAGUAAUACGCACAGACGGGGUUCCCAUUCCAUCAGCUCUGCCCCACUGGCGAGACCCCCUACGUCCCCUGGUAUCCCCAGACCAUCCACGGGUAUUCCCCCGACUACUGCUACCGCCAUCGCCCGCACGCCGAACAAUAGCCAUGACCUGCCCACGCGGAAGAGACUUAUCGGACAACAAGACCUUUGUAACAAAAGUAGUAAUAACAUCAAAGGAGGAGGGUGCCAGGAUGUGCUGGAACAGAAGAGACGAAGUCUUCUUGAGAAAUCGCGCUCGUUGUCGGUGGACAUUCCUGCCCCGGCCCUCGAUCUGUUGGUAGGCCAGAACCGAGAGUCCCAGUAUGUCAGAGCGUACAACGAGUUCUCAGACGUGGCAGUUGGUGGGCGUCUCUCAGAUCUCUUCAUGUACACGUUUGAUGAUCUAGUUGCCCUAGGUACCACGCCAACCCCAUCUUUGCCUCGCACGUCCGACUUUCAGCUCCCCCCACACCAUCCACAUGCACGCAAACAGUCCCUUGCCGAUGGGCAGACCCGGUUCUGUGAAGUACCCCCUCCACCCCCUCCACCUGACCUGGCGAGUUCAUCCACGUCGACUUCGACGUUCUCACUAGCCCUCGACCCGAUCGCAGAGUCUCCAGUGACACCUUACCCCGGCACGCCGUCCCCCAAAUCUCCCCCUAUCAACGAACCCAUCCGAAAGUCUCCUGCACCGAAACGAGAAUCUCAGCCACAACCACACCUUCGACCACCACCUAUACAAUCCCCGGGACGAUCCUCCCUAGGUCACGGCACACCUCCACCUCGCAAUGCCGUCCUCCCAAACUACAACACUGAACUUAUCCUCUAUUCAUAUGCACAGCUUCUGGGCACUCUUUCGGUCACACCUCUCCCAGGUGUAACGAUGUCGCCGGAGCAUGCCAAAGCACUGACUGCGCUCCGCAUGCGACUGCUCAAACGUCCUGUUGUUGGCGGCGGUAGUAUGGAUAUCACGUCCCGACACCGCAUACAGGAACGCAACAAACGACAAGGGCGGACGUUAUCGCUUGCGAGCGGAUUGUUUUCGCUGCUUUCGCCAACAAGUUCGUCUUCUGCCCCAUCGUCCCCUCUGCAAUCUUCUUCACCGUGGAGAUCAGGAAGACCGCGUACGACUUCAGUCACGUCAGCGACGCCUAGUACUGUGUCUUCCAGUCCUUCGACGAACGGCUUCAACGACACGGAAGAGGAAAAUGUCGAUCCCGAGAUGCCAUUGCCAACAUUUGAAGUCCAGCCUGCGAUGCUCGCCGUCGAUCUAUCCCUCGCUCCAGGAGAAUCACGAACCUACACGUACUCGCUUAUGUUGCCUGCAAAUCUGCCACCGACGUUCCGAGGCAGGUCGCUCAAGUUCUCUUACGAACUCAUCAUUGGCACAUGUCGUGCGAGCACUUCUGCGAUGCAGUCGUCGAGCAGUCUGGGUCCCACAGGAGCAAACAGUGUCAGUCGCGUUAUGAAAGUUCCGAUCCGUGUUUAUAAUCAUGUUGCUGUGAGUGCGACUCCGAGGCCUUAUAACUUGCUGUGGCCAGUCACGAGACAACGCACGACCGCCGAGUUCGCGCCGAAGGUCGUGGAUGGCCCACUCAAGGAUGUGAGUGGGACGAACAAGGGUUCAGCACCGCUACCAAAUGAAAUACGGGAGUACGGGCGCCGGCUGCUGGGGACCCUCGAUGCAGGCUGUACUAGUGACGCCACUCCCAGAUCCGUCGAGGCAGGUGACCCCGAGCGUGAGAUUGAGUCCGAGAAUGGCUCUCUGACAGGGUGCAGGGAGGCUGUGGAGAUCUUAACGCGGAACCCAAGGAAGGUUUCUUAUGAUGUCAACAAGGACGGGGUCAAAGUUGCCGUACUGACUUUUCCUAAAUCGGCAUAUCGACUUGGCGAGACCGUGAUGGGUGUGGUGGAAUUGAAUGAAUUGCGGAGUCGGGCGAGAGUGUUAUCGUUGUCGGCUUUGCUAGAAGCCCAAGAAAGAUUACCCGGGCCCAUAUCGACUGCUGGAAACGUGCGGCACAUGAGGCGGGUACACGCGGAACACCAUUCGUCAUUCGUGGCAUCGACGCUGCGAACAACUUUUUCGCUGGAUAUACCCUCAGAUGCGAGUCCGGCGUUUCAGGUCCAAAUUGGGGAGGAGCAACAGGGUAUGGGAGGACUUUCGUGGCGGGUCAAGCUGUGUCUGUUGGUUGGGGUGGCGAGUGAAAGUAUGGAGGUUGAGAGCAACGGGUCACGAUUCAAGCACCUUGUUCCGAGAUGGGCCUCGGAAUCGAUUGCCCCGAUGGAGCGGACAAAAGGGGAAAGUGAAACGGGGCCGGCAACGUGGACACAGUAUCUGGUGUCGUCUUUGCUUGGCAGUGGCGAGCGACGAUAUCAUGAUGGUGAUGAGGAAGAAGUAGACGAAGAAGAGGAAGGCGAAGAUAAAGAGCGAGGGUGGAAGGAGGUGAAGGUGGAGACGGUGGAAUGCGAGGUGCCAAUUAGGGUGUGGCCUGGCAACACUGCCUUCAACGCGAUGGCGGUAGUUUUUGACGUAUGA